GUAAACCGAAGCGAAGCGGUCAUGACCAAGGCAAGCAAUUACGUCACCACAAGGUGGCGCGCAAACCAGGAAAUGACGUCACCGCGCUCCACUGCCUGACAGAUUUGGCGGGAAAUUUCUGUCUUCCGCCGUCGCCAUCACCACCACCAUUAACCGCGUCUAUAACAACUUUACACACUCAGAUAUUCACGAUAAUUACCUCACAGUUAAAAAAAUUAGAGCGACGAGAACGCACCCGGGGCUCCACGUGAACUCGUCACACACUGUGUAACGCAGCCAGCCAGGCAGCGAGUGGUGGUGGUGGGAGGGGGGGGGGAGAGCCGAGCCAUGCUGCUGUCGACCGCUGGGAAGAAGCAAGAGGCGAAGGCGGUGGGGUCUGGCGAUGAGGAACAGCGGUACCCUCACGUCCUGCAGCUCUACUUGCGGCCGCCUCUCGGAUCCGUCUCCCUCGUCGAAUUCGAAGCCCUCGCCGUCCAGAGACUGCGGCUUCUCAAGUCGGUGGAGCGGAUCGGCGUUCUGUUCAUGAAGGGCACUGAGAAUUACGACAAGAAGCUGGAGGAGGAGCUGAAGAAAUCAAAGUUUCCAUACAGAGAUAAUAUUACUUUAAUAGAAGUUGAUGACCAAGAACCAAGAAAAAGGGACCACAUCUCCCACUUCAUCCUUCGUCUUGCCUACUGUCAAUCAGAGGAUUUGCGACGUUGGUUCAUCCAGCAGGAGAUGGACCUGUUUCGGUUCCGCUUCCUGCAGCAGACGUCUGAAUCGGUCACCUCGUUCCUCAACCAAAACAACCUCACAUAUGAAUCCUUGUCUAAAGAGGAGAUAAAAGAGCACGAACUUAAGCUGAUCGCUUCCAGCUAUGGGAUGAGUCAUCACAAAGUCAACGAGUCCACGUUCUACAAGGUGCCGUUCACGGACGCACUGGAACUGGUGCGGAGCCGGAAGGUGUUCGUGCGACGCGGGAUGGCCUUUAUCCCUCAGAGGGACCUGGUCACCAUUGUCCUCAACGACUUCCGCCAGAACCUGUCGCGGGCGCUGACCAUAACGGCACGACUCCUGCCCUCCGUCCAGGAAGAUGAGCGACUGCAGCCUCUUCUCACCCACCUGAGCAAGUCCUACAUAGGUCAGGAUUACAGUGCACCAAAGCAUGCUGGGCAGAUCUCUCUGGAUCAAUUAGACUCUCACGCGGCGCGCUCCUUCCCGCUGUGCAUGCGCCAGGUGCACUCCGCGCUGCGGGAGCACCACCACCUGCGGCACGGUGGGCGCAUGCAGUACGGCCUCUACCUCAAGGGCAUUGGCCUCACCCUGCAGCAGUCCCUCGAAUUCUGGAGGGCCGAGUUCGCGCUGGGUGUGGGCGCUGACAAGUUUGACAAGUCAUACGCUUACAACGUCAGGCACAACUACGGAAAGGAGGGAAAGCGCACAGACUACACUCCUUACAGCUGCAUGAAGAUCAUCAUGACCAACAUGCCAGCACAGGGUGACUACCACGGUUGUCCUUUCCGGCAUACGGAGCCAGAACUCCUCAAGAUGAAACUCCUGGCGUAUAAAGUGCCUUCUGCAGACAUUAGCCAAAUUUUGGACCUGGUUAAAGGAAUGCAUUAUCAGCUGGCCUGCCAAAAGUACUUUGAAGUUACGCACAAGGUGGAGGACACGAGCUUUGCCCUCAACCACCCAAACGAGUACUUUGAGGAGAGCAUGCGCCUCCUUUCGGGGGGCCGCCAGGCCAAGAGGGAGGCCGACGGCCUGGGCCGGUGGGACACAUUGGCCUCCUCGGGUUCCACUCAGGCCUCACAGGCUAGCAUCAGCAGCCAGCACCUCCCGCAAGCACCACCACCCAGCAGCAAGCAGCGGCCCAAGGCUGACGCUCCGGUCAAGAAGGAACUGGCCGAGUUGGCCAACGAGCUCAUGGAGGGCCUGGACUCGGAGGACUUCCUUGAUGAUUUCAUGUAAUGAGCAAGGGAGGGAUUGGCGAGGUGAGGGUGGAGGCCCUGGCAGUGUCUUGUGGUAAAGGAGAGCACGUGAGCAAUGACAACACGAAGGGCUCGAUAAGUUGUGGAAAUUUUACACCGGUCAUGACGUUUUGGCUUUGACUUAAACCCUGGGCUGUAUUCGGUGCUUUUUAAUGUUGUUCUUUAAUGUGUUUUAUUCAUGAACAUGUGAUUGUUAGGUGAAUGCAUAAUGUGUAAUUUUUAUAAAAUCUAAACGAGUCCACGUGUUUAUUUUGUAAAUGAAGUAACUUUAAAAUAAAGAUUAUUUGUUCGUAUUGUUAUUCAGUCGGUUGCAUUUAUUGCAUUUGUCGUCUAGUUGCCAACAUUUUAUGAUGCUGUCUCUGUUCAGUAUAUGGUCAAGAAAGUGCAGGAAUAACCUUUACGCCGCGUGCUACUCUAAUGCGUUUGGGAGGGAAGACCCUAAGUCAUCAGCGUUGGCGACGUGCAGAGGUGUUUUGUGCGGGAGUGCUGCAAUAAACCACAGUUAUCGAGCGACCGGUAUAAAUGUGGAGAUAAAGGAAUCGCACACCCGCAGUAAAAGUGCAGCGGCCUAUGCUUGUAAUGUGUGCGUUUGCCGUGUUUUAGUGCCGAGCGGCUAAGUUGGCACAGGUGGUGCAUUUUCCAGUCAUCUCUGUUCACUGAAAACACCUGGGUCUGUCCCUUGACCUGCCAGGGAUUUGUUCGAAACCUCACGUGUCCUCAACAUGCACCUAGCCUGGCACAAACACUGUAGGGGCAUCCCCAUCACGAGCGGUGAAUGGCGGCUGUUUUCGUAUGCCGGAUUGAGCUGUUGCUGAUUGUUGGCAAAUUCUCUUCACACGACAGUUGCGUUUGAGCCAUCAUUUGGGGUGCCAGGCAAUUGACACCAUGAUGCAGAUUGAGGGUCUUUGAGGGGAAAGAAAAUCCUGUUAGCUCUCAUGCCACCACUGGGUGGCAAUAGGGCACUGAAAGUGCACAGGUGUGAUGGACCAUAAACCUAAUUUCUUGUGUCUGAGAAUAUAGGAAGUACGGACCACUUCGUUGAUUUUCAAAAUCUGCGAUGAUUGUGCAAUGCACUAUCUCACAAGGGACAUUCAUACUUCAAUUUGAACCAAACUUUGUACGUGAAAAAGUGCGUGUUAGAACAGGAUUUCUGAAAUGUCACGUGUCCCUCGUUGCCACUGGCAG